AUGUCGUUUGAGCAAAGAUACUCACCGCAGGGAGACCAGAAUCAAACUUUGUUACCACCGACUCAACAGGUUUCUCCAGGGCCGCGACUUUCAUCUUCCGGUGGCUCGGUAUCCAAUGGAUAUCAUUACAACAUGCCAGGUAGACGCUCAUCUGUAUCAACGGCACCAUAUACGAUUCCCAUUAAAAGUGCGAAUUCAAAUUCUACUCCAACCCAUAUACAGAGACUUUCUUCUUCUUACAAUGGGACAUCAUCGUCCUUUCCUUUGAAUUCAGGAGGGAUGUCAUCGUCUCCACAUACUGGAGGCCCUAUACAUAGCCACUUCCACCAACAGCAAACACAGCAGUCUCAUCUGGGAACCUCCGUCCCUAUGCUUAGCAGAGAGUUCGUGGUAAGACGAAUUUCAGAAGGUGAGACAGGCCGUUUGAAAGAAGAGCUCAAGUGCGAAGCCUGUGGUAAGGGUUACAAACAUAUAUCCUCUCUUGCUAAACAUUUAUGGGAGCACACUCCAGAAUGGAAUAUGACCAAAAAAUUGCUUAUUAGCAAGCAUCAGCAGGUCCAGCUUCUAGAGGCUGCUAGUAUUCUGUGCAGUAUGACUGAAAACGGUUCAGAAAACGGGGGUUUUAGAUCCAGGUCUCAAUCAUUGAGUACCCCUCCACCGUCAUUUUAUGCCCAACAACAUCAAAUGGGACCGAAUAACCAUCAGCAGCAACAAGUGAAUUCAAUAAGCAAUAACAGUCACCAGCUACCUCAAAAGCUUGAAGCUGAUCUGGGAGGUUUGAGAGAAACUGAACCUCCAGUCUCCCCCUCACCAGAAGUUCCAAAUGAUGAAAACUCUUCGACAUCACCCCUGUCCAUCGAAGAGCAAACAAGAGCUUCGACCAACACUACCAUCAACACGCCAAAUUCAUCAUCGUUGCAAACUCCAAGCCAACCGAUAAGUACUAGUACGUCGAGAGUCCCAAUCUAUACUACAACUUUGCGGAAAAAUUCAGUUUCUCGUUACCCACCUUCUUCGUUAUCGGUAUCGGUUUCAAGCACCCCGCGAAAGACUAUGAUGUACGAAAAAAGUUCCAAACCUAAUGAUCUUCUUUCACAAUACGAGAAGGACGGAUUGAUAGCUUUGAAAGCCGAAGACUUAGGCCCAUUCAGUGGCGAUGAAAGUGAAAAUGAUGAUGAUGAUAAUGAUGAUGAUGGUCAAAAUUUUGGUAAGAAGUUCGUCCCAAGGGAUAAUAGAGAAGACGAUCAGCAGGUUUUCGGUGAGCUUGAAGACUGA